AUGCUGAGGCUGAUGGCCACCGAAGGGCUGAAUCCGAAUAUCAAGGAAGCCGGCUCCGGCAUCACCAGCCUUCACCGUGCAGCCAGUGCAGGGCAGGCUGAGGUUUUGCUGUGGUGCAUUCAAACCAAGGCUGAGAUCGACGGCCGCACACAGCUUGGACGCAGUGCUCUGCACUAUGCCUGCGAGUGUUCGCGUCCGCGAUGCGUGCGACUCUUAUUGGAACAGCAGGCAGACGCAAAUUUGCGCACUUUGAGUUACCUGACUCCUUUGCACCUUGCAUGCCAAGCGAACAGCUUGGAGGCAGUCUCCGCGCUGCUACAAGAUCCCAAGCAGGUGGUCGAUGUGGAUGCGGAGGACACCAAGCGGCGCUCGGGGGAGGCUCUGAGCUCCAAUCAGCAGAUCCACCGCGUGGUGCGGAAAUACCGCGCACAGUUGGAUGAACGAAGGAAGGCGCAACUGGUGGAGCAGUGCCUCCAGCGCCUGUUCAGCUUCUUCGAUGUCAACCAGGAUGGCAUGAUCCACCCCGAGGAGUGGGCUGACAGCAUGACUCUCUUGGCAGAGUUCUUCGAGAAUCAUAGCGAUCGGUCCAUUUCGAACAUGUUCGAAGAGAUCGACAAGGACGAUAGUGGUUACAUUGACUGGCCGGAGUUCAAGGCUUCCUAUGCGGAGCUUCUCCAGGUCAUCAACGUGCCCUUCCGAGAACUCAUGGACACCCUGGCGGAUGUAGAUCGGGCCAUCCUGAAGGAGAAGCUCCGCUUGGAGAGGGAAGAACUGGAGGCCUCCAAGGCCCUCCGAGCCCAGGAAGAGGAAGUGCAGCAGUUCGGCGAGGAGGAGGAAGAGGAGGAAUCUCCUUCUGCGAACAAGGCACCCGCAGUGACAGUCUCGGCAGCUGGGAAGGCAGCCGUGGCGAUGAAGCGCUUUCGAGCUCCCGUGGUCUCGCCCAAGGCGAAGGCCAUGUCCUUGCGCCGUGUUGCGCUGCGGCGCCAUAGUGACCAUCAAGUGGCAGAGACAGCUGAAGAGGCCUUGGCUCUGUUUGCGGCCUCUCUGGAGACUGCGCCGAUGCCCGUGCCAAGCGAGAGCCUACAAAGCAAUCCCAACGAGGUUGACGACGGGAAGGAAAAUGUCCUGCCAACGAUGCCUGAAUUGGCGUUCACAGGUUUGUCCGCUAUGGUAAACGCCGAAGCGGAAGUGUCUGAAAAAACAUGA